UAUCUAGGUAUUCGCGCUGCGCGCUUCCUUUCCAGUUACCGUCGUUCAUAUGGUGAAGGAGUCGAUCUACCCGGGCAUGGAAGACAGAAUGGACCUAGAAAGCAUGGAACGUCUGCGACCUCAGUGUUUCCUUUUCGGUUGUGAACUUAAGGCAGACAAAAAAGAAUACCUGUUCAGUGUGGAAGAUGAUGAAAGUGAACACCAUUUGUCUCUUCGUACAGUCAGCCUUGGACCUGGGGCCAAAGACGAGCUACAUGUUGUGGAAGCAGAGGGUUUAAGUUAUGAUGACCAAACUGUUAAAGUCAUAUUGGCUACACUGAAGAUGUCUGUACAACCAACAGUUUCCCUUGGUGGGUUUGACAUUACUCCUCCCUUAACACUACGGUUGAAGUCUGGUUCAGGUCCAGUCUACAUCAGUGGGCAGCACAUUGUAUCACUGGAAGAUGAUAUGGAUGAUGAUGAAGAUGACGAAGAUGAAGCAGUAGAAAAUUCCACAAAACCUGCAGCUAAACGAACAGCCCCUUCCAGUGCACCCAAGCCUCCCCAGAAAAAACAGAAGUUGGAAGAGGAAGUAGAAGAGGAGGAAGAGGAGGAUGAGGAGGAGGAUGAAGAGGACGAGGAUGAGGAGGAUGAAGAAGAUGAAGAUGACGAAGAUGAGGAAGAAUCUGAGGAGGACGAAGAUGAGGAUGAACCAGUAGUAGUAAAGAAGACCCCAUUGAAGGGAACACCUGCACAGAAGGGUCUACAGAGCCAAAACGGAAAAGCCUUAAAAGGAGCCACACCGAAAGUACAGAAAACCCCGGACUCUGGUAAAAAGGAAGGUGGCAAACCAGCGACACCAAAGACUCCUAAAGGUCCUAUGUCUAUAGAAGAGAUAAAGGCAAAAAUGCAGGUAACAAUGGAGAAGGGUGUAACUCUUCCAAAGAUUGAAGCUAAAUUUAUCAACUUUGUCAAACAUGGCUUUCGGACAGAAGAUCAGAAGAUAAUCCAGGAACUUUGGAAGUGGAGGCAGUCUCUAAAAGAUGCAAAAUGAGUUUCUGCAAAAUGGCACCUCUAUACAGUUAUGAUGUCUGUUCUACGUAUUUUUUUAUGAAUUGCCUAGAAAGGACUCUUCUUCGCCCUGCCCCUGCCCAGUCAGCAAAAAGUUCUGGUCUCCUGACUGCUUGAAACUUUAUGCGACACUGUGUGUGUGCAUUUUGUAAAGAAGAAAUCCGCCCACUUCAACUUUUGUUUUAAUUAUUCAUGUGAACAGUUUUCUGAUGAUGUGAAUUACUGGAGUGAUACCAGAAAGGUUUGUUGGGGGGAGGGGGCUUGUUGAAUAAAGUGUUUUGAUAAAAUGUC